ACUUCAGAAGGCGACUGAAUGUGGAGACAGGGCCUUUGGGCAGCAACUCGUUAAGUGGGGCCUCGUGAGUGAGUCCUGAUCCCCCGCCUGGUGUCUUUAUAAGCAGAGGAGACACACCAGGGCUGUGAGCGCAGCCCGGAGAGGCCACGGCGGGCCAUGGCGAGAAGGUGGCCAAGCCCCAGGAGAGGCUCAGGAGACACCACCCCCAGCGCCUUGGUCCCGGACCUCCGGCCUCCAGAUCCCUGCCAGCGGGGUGGGCACCCUCCCCGGCUGGGCGGCCGGGUCUCAGGGCCCAGCCAUGUCCGCGAUCCUGCAGGAGCUGCUGCGCGUCUCCGAGAAGGCGGCCCACAUCGCCCGCGCCUGCCGCCAGCAGGACGCCCUCUUCCAGCUGCUCAUCGAGGAGAAGAAGGGCGGCGAGAAGAACAAGAAGUUCGCCGUGGACUUCAAGACGCUGGCCGACGUGCUGGUGCAGGAAGUCAUAAAGCGGCACAUGGAGAGCAAGUUUCCAGGCUUGGAGGACAAAAUUUUUGGAGAAGAAUCGAACGAGUUUACUAAUGCCCUGGGAGAAAUGAUCGUCUUGCGACUGUGCCCGACAGAGGGGGAGACGGCAGAGCUUCUGAGCAAAGUCCUGAACGGGAACCAGCUGGCGGCCGGGGCACUGGCCAAGGUCGUUCACGAGGACGUUGCCUUCGCCGACCCGGCCCUGGAUUCGGUCCAGGUCACCAUUCCUCACGACACUUUGGGAAUCUGGGUGGAUCCCAUAGAUUCCACGCAUCAGUACAUCCAGGGCUCUGCCGACGUGGAGCCCAGCCACGGAGUCUUCCCCCGGGGGCUCCCGUGCGUCACCAUCCUCAUCGGCGUCUAUGACCUGCGGACGGGGCUGCCCCUGAUGGGGGUCAUCAACCAGCCUUUCGUGUCGCAGGACCCUGACACCCUCAGGUGGGAAGGACGGUGCUACUGGGGCCUCUCCUACAUGGGCACCAACAUCCACUCCCUGCUGCCCCGAGGGACAUUUAGAUUCUGCAUCCAGGGCCUCGUGGACCUGUACGUCUUCUCCUACGACACCACCUUCAAGUGGGACUCGUGCGCGCCCCACGCCAUCCUGCGGGCCAUGGGCGGCGGCAUGGUGGACUUCCAGGGCUGCCUGGCCAGGGGCCCCGCCGCGGGCCGGGAGUGGCCGCAGCUGCUGUACCACGUGGGCCACGAAGGCGCCCGUGGCGUGGAUCGCUGGGCCAACAAGGGGGGACUCAUCGCAUACAGGUCGCGCCAGCAGCUGGAGACAUUCCUGAGCCUCCUCGCCCCGCACCUGGUGCCUGCGGACGCGCGCGCAUAGACAGCCUCUCCCGCCCAUAGAAACCAAACUGACCCUGGGCCCCGUGCCUAUCGCCGGCAGAUUGCUUUGUCCUAUGGGUGGUCAGCGUUCAUCUCCCUCUUCGGGGGAGUAUCUUUCCAUUCUGUGUUCAUAUGAUGUUAAUUU